CGUUUUUUUCUGUCUUUAGGCCGACACAAACAAAACAGCUUCGGCAGCAUUUUCAAUUCUAAGCGGUGGAAUACAACGGACGGACCAUUGUUGUGUCCUGUGGAGGCUGCGGAUUGUUUCAGCAUCGCCAUUUUUCCAUGUAAUCAUGGACAACGACUACUCGUCCGGCUUGGAGAACCCUCUGUACAGCGAGCUGAAAUACUUCUGUAGGAAGAUCCAGGAGGCCUACAAUGAGCUGAAGGAGGAUCUGACCCCUUACCGAGAUGAUCGGUUUUACAGAUCGGCCCCCAUGCGGCUCUACACCUUGUCCAAAAGACACUUCGUCUUGGUGUUCGUGUUGUUCCUGAUCUGCUUUGGCCUCACAGUGUUCAUUGGGAUUGCAGGUCCUAAGAUUAUUUCAGAGCAGGAGCACAAUGGUGAUCAGCUACUUGUCAAAAAUGCCUCAAUCAAGACGGGGCCCUUUAAUCUAGUUUCUACUCCCCUCACCACUUACAACCAGCAGCUAUGGCUCACCUGUGUGAUGCAGGCUGAACACAGCAACAUGGGAGACUUCCAACAGCCUUUUGAGAUCUUUGUUGAGCUGAAGGGAGUGAUGGCAGAUGCCAGCGUGAUGCACAUCAACAAGGUGCACCAGAAAUCCCGAACAUUGCACUGCGGAGAUAAAUGUGAUGAGAUCAUUGUGCUCCACCUGGGCUACCUGAACUACACCCAGUAUCAGGUUAUGGUCAGCUUCAAAGGCCUUGAAAAUAUCACAUAUGAAAUCAAGGUCAAGUUUGCGUGGAAAACAUACAACCCCACAUUCUCACAGGUGGAGAUCUGGUUCCGGUUCGUCUUUGUGGUGCUGACUUUUAUGGUGACGUGUAUGUUUGCACACUCACUGAGGAAGUUUUCAAUGAGGGACUGGGGCAUCGAGCAGAAGUGGAUGUCCGUCCUGCUCCCCUUGCUGUUACUCUACAACGAUCCAUUCUUCCCGCUGUCGUUCCUGGUGAACAGCUGGUUUCCAGGGACAUUAGAUGCUUUCUUCCAGGCUCUGUUCCUUUGCGCCCUGCUGCUCUUCUGGCUCUGUGUUUACCACGGCAUCAGGGUUCAGGGGGAGAGGAAAUGUCUGACGUUCUACCUGCCUAAGCUGAUCAUCGUAGGUCUCCUGUGGCUCUCAGCGGUCACACUGGGCAUAUGGCAAACGGUCAAUGAACUGCAAGACCCUACUUAUCUGUAUAAAGUGGACAUAGCAAACUUCCAGGGCAUGAAGGUCUUCUUCCUGAUUGUUGUCGCCUUCUACAUCCUCUACCUGAUCUUCCUGAUUGUCAGAGCUUGCUCUGAACUCAAAAACAUGCCUUACUCAGAUCUCCGGCUCAGGUUUCUGACAGCGCUGACGUUUGUGGUCCUCGUUAUAAGCAUGGUCAUUCUCUACCUGAGGUUUGGAGCCAAGGCUCUCCAAGACAACUUUGUGGCUGAACUGUCCACUCACUACCAGAACUCAGCUGAAUUUCUGUCAUUCUACGGCCUCCUCAACUUUUACUUGUACACGUUAGCAUUUGUGUAUUCCCCCUCCAAGAAUGCUCUAUAUGACUCCCAGCUGAAAGAUAAUCCAGCUUUCUCCAUGCUCAAUGACUCGGAUGAUGAAGUAAUUUAUGGGAGUGAUUACGAGGACAUGCCUUUACAAAACGGACGCGCCAUUAAAGCUACCGCCAAGUAUCAGGACGAGAGUGACAGCGACUGAUGCCGUCUCCUCCGUCCCGUGUGACAUUCCCCUUUUGUGUCCCCACGUCUCUACACAUUGCCACAGACUGCUGUAUUGUGUGUGUAAAUAAGGAGUAUUUGCUUAGGUGAAGAGAACUGAUUAAGUGUACAUAAAUAUAUUUUUAAAAAAGGAGAAGCUCCACGUCUACUGAAUGUACUGUACUUUUACUAAAAGCUGGGGCAGGUAACCACUCAGACUAUUCCUUCAUUGUUUUUGCUUCGGUCUCAAAGACGACAAGGGAAACAAACACUUGUGUACAAUAAUUUUUUAACCAGUUUGUGAACAUUCAUCAACCAGCAUUUCUUUACCACGCCAGAGUUCAAACUGAACGGGAGAAGUGCUAAUAUCAGUUGGGAUUAAUGUCUCGUAGUGUGAGAUCAUUGUGACUUUAUAUGCUUUGAACCCAUCUUUUCUCUAAACUUGCACUGGGUUCUUUGACACGUCUCUCCACUGAGUCUGAGAUGAACGAGACUUUGACUUAUCCGGCCAAAGCUGAGCGGUGUUAGACUCUAGGUACAAAGAUGAAGAAGCUUCUGCUGCGUUGCACUCCUGAGCGGUACAUUGAGACUCUUAAACUCUUACAGGAUUGAGAAAAGAGGGAAUUCAAGUGCCAUAGCAUUGUUGGCCAAAUCGUGUAGUUUAAAGACUUCUUAAUGAAAAUACAGAGAGAGCCUUAAAUUGAUGAAACACCACUGAUCUCUAACCACUCCUUCUUUCCUUUGAAAGCAGCUCUUUAAUUGCACUUGCUUAAUAAUUGUAUUUAUUUUGCCAAAAAGCUGAAACAUUUGAUACUCUAUCUGACUACCUGGAUGGAUGACUUUAGUAGAAUAUUGUACACUUUCAACAACUUUGUGUAAAAUAACUUCUGAAACAUUUCUUAUUCCAGUGUAUAAAGUAGUUGUAUCAUUUAACAAACAUUUUGCCUUAUGUAAAUUAUUUUACGUCAUGUUAUCAUGUUUCACCUCCUUAUAUUGCCAGCAAUGCAGAGCCCUCUCUGCUGUUUUAUAUCUGACUGGCGCUCAUGGACAAAAACAUCUGUUCUUCUGUUAUUUACAAACAAUUAUCUCCUCAUGUAUUCCAAUCAAGAUGGUGCCUUGUCUUUACAGCGCUCUGUUCGAUGCUAAAUGGGCAGCAGCCUCAGAUUUGUAAAUGCUUCAUGGUUAAAGUACAUUUUUAAUUGUUUCUGUGUGAAUGUAUCUGAGGAUCACUUGAGGUGGUUACAUGAGAUUGUUGUGGGGAGAGGAUGUGUUAGAAGACGCUAUUUCUGUUGCUUUAUGACAUGAAAGCUGUACAUGUAGCGCUCUGUCAUGUUGCGUGUAAAUAAAGCAAAGUUUACACAGUA